UGUUGUCAAUGUUGUCAGUUUUCAAUAAUAUCAAUGGAAAAUAAAGGACUUGUUUACAACACAUUGAUUUUGAUUUGUAAUUUGUCUUAAGUUUGUUAGGAAGGGACCAUGGUGUAUGUAAUGGUGUUUUGUGCGUAAAUCCUGUUGUUGUAGUUAACCAAGGAACAAUGUAUACAUUUAUUAUUUAAUAAAUACAAAAUCUGAACCUGACAACACAAAGAUCAUAUUUUGGUGCUUAAAUCUUUAUUCGUUUACACUUCCUAAACCAUAACAAUGUCUAAGAAAAUUUUUGUUUAUGAAUUGCCAUACACUGUAAGAACCAACUUUUGUCGUCUACUAGAGUCACAAGACAAGUGGGAAGAGUUGGGUGGAGAGCAUAUGAAUUUCGAUUAUGACUAUCUACAGUACAUUCGUAGAAAGUCGUCCCCAGCAGAUGAGUUGCUGACGAGUUGGGGAAAUCAAAACCACACUGUCAAUGAGCUGUUUGUCUUGCUAUCAAAAAUGCAGUUCUAUCGAGCGAUGAGAAUGCUCAAAGAUCUGGUUGACGAGCGUUACCAUCAUCUUCUGAGGGAAGGUGAGGAGUUGAUGAGUCGACCGAUAAGCAAAACCCUUGCUGAGGGAGUUCCGAGUACAGUUCGCCAAGGUCACAGAGUAGAUUUGGGAGGAACGGCCUCAACUUGUACUCUCCGCGAGACUUUACCUCAUCAACCAUUGCCAAGAGCUUCAGGUGCAAAUGGUAAAAAUGCUUUCAAGGACAACAAAGAUCUUGGUUUGAAUCUGGACAAUCUCAACCUGUAUGAAAACAAAGGAGCGAAGAAAGCCAUUCACGAAGUUAAAAUUCAGAACAUGCCAAAUGCUAGGAAUGCACACCAAGCAGAACAAAACUGUAACAAUAACAACGAUUUCUCUACCGGUCAAGCCCAGGCUGCGUACAAUCCCAACUACAACCCGAACUUACUUCCCCCGGGUGAAGGUUCGGACUUGCACAAGCUAGGACAGCAGCGUAAGCUCUCUGACGUUUCAUUGGCCAGUUCUAUGAUGGAGGGGUGCACCCCUCAGAUAAGCUAUGAGGAACUCGUUGCAGCCACCAACAGUUGGGAUACAAGCUGUAUCCUUGGUCGAGGGGGAUUCGGCACUGUGUACAAGGGCUUUUGGAAAAACACCUUUGUCGCUAUCAAGAAGUUGGAACCCCCGAAAGAUCAGCAGAAUAUGCUAGUUGGGGAGCUCAACGCCAGCCAGAUGACAGAAGUGUUGCGAGAGCUCAAACACCUCAACUCACACAGACAUGACAACAUCUUGUCUCUCUACGGCUACUGUGUGUCGGACAACGCCUCUUGUCUAGUGUAUCAAUAUAUGGCCAAUGGAUCUCUGGAGGAUAGGCUGCAUUGCAGGAAUAACUCUAAACCCCUGAACUGGACACAGAGGCUCAACAUCAUGACUGGAACGGCUCGUGGGAUUCAGUUUCUGCACUCACUAGGCAAGAAACCUUUGGUCCAUGGUGAUAUCAAAAGUGCUAACAUCCUGCUGGAUAGCAAUUUUGAGCCGCGUAUCGGGGACUUUGGCCUCGCCAGGGAGGGACCGCAUCAACACUACACUCAUGUGAAGGUCAGCCGAGUCCACGGCACCAAACCUUACCUGCCUGACGAGUUCCUACGAGCCAGGGAGUUCUCCGUCAGGGUGGACACCUACAGCUUCGGCGUGGUCCUCUUUGAAGCAGCUACAGGAUUACGCGCUUAUGAUGAAAACAGAAAAGAAAAAUUCUUGAAGGACUACAUUGUCAGUUAUCCGGACAACAACCUGAGUGACCUGGCAGACACCCGUGCAGGACCGGACUAUUGUAUGUCGACCGCAGGUCUGCUGCGUCUGGGGCGCUGCUGUGUCGUCACUCGGCCCAGAGAUCGGCCUGACAUGACCACUGUACUAGCUGAUGUACAGAUGCUCUAUAAUAAUUACAAGGCAGCUGAAAAAUCCACAUGUCUGGCCCGGCAGCGUAGUUUGACUCCCACCAACCCGCUAGAGAUGCAAGCUCUGCAUGAUGAGAUGCGGCACCCCACACCACCUCCGCUCUCAGUGCAACUACCCCUCCAAGUGUUCAUCGACGGUAACGGCCAGCAAAAGCUAUUUUUGCCACCUGGACCAGCAAAACCAAUAACAAGCGGUCUGGUACGGCAGCGUAGUUUGACUCCCACCAACCCGCCAGAGAUGCAAGCUCGUCAUGAUGAGAUGCGGCACCCCACACCACCUCCGCUCUCAGUGCAACUACCCCUCCAAGUGUUCAUCGACGGUAACGGCCAGCAAAAGCUGUUUUUGCCACCUGGAAUGUCGUUGGAGGAGGUUCAACGGAUCACUAAGAUGUUGCCGCCGAGUCUAGGUGAAAUGAUCGUACAACCCCCUCCACUCCUGACAGUGCAACCACCUUCCACUGCUCAACCCCGCUCUGCCUCACCUUCACAGAUUGAAGUGUUUUCUCCACCAGUUGAGUGUGACAUUCCUCUUCUGACAGCGUUGGGAGUGAAAGCAGAAGAAAACCGAGAAGUUGUUGAAAACUCAGAAAACAAUCAGGCUGACCGACCUGCUCUCUCUGUAUUAAUGACUUCAGCACCUAUUACGUCAGCACAGAUUACUUCAGCACCAACGAGCAACGGAAGUAUAUCAAGCUCCAACCAUCCGUCCGAGGCACUUUCUGAGGUCAGCGUUGACUCACAGAAUGGGAAUGUCGACUACAGUGACUUUGAGGUUAGCCUUCCAGAGGAAAAUCAAAGUGCGUAUUUACCAAGGCUCCCUGAUCUGUUGGGUCGUUAGUGUAUGGAUCCAGUUGUAAAUUAAUUGUUGUGCACAUUAGUGUUUACAUUCUAUCUUGUUGAAAGUGAAGGUAACGAAAGGAAAUUUUGUAGGGUUGCUCAGCACUCUGUUGAUCAGUAGAUCGCUGUUUCAAUCUUGAGUUAAGUUUGUUGCUUUUUGCUAUUUUGACACUGGACCCAGCUGUUCUUGGUCGUAGGAUUUUCUAAUGAUUGGUUCUGGUUCUGGCUCAAGCAAGUCUUCGUAAGAAAAAGCUACACUAGGCUAGGCAGUUCACUACAUUCUGCAAUCAUCUUCCAAUAUUGCAGUUUAGUUAUGCAGCAAUGUGCCCCUGUCUCAAUAUGAUGAGAUAAUUAUAUAGAUGAUUGUUGUCUUGUGCUGUUCAUCUAUGUGAUAAUGCCACGACCUUCUAGGAGUAGCAUGAAGUAAUGUGUAAAAUAGUUCUGGAAGAGCCUAGCGUCCUAGGAUGUAAAGGUGGGACAUAAAAAAAACUUUCUUAUGCU